CGGGUGGGCGGAUCAUAGCAGUGACAGAGACGCUCUCGGACUCCCGACAAACUGUCAAAAAGCGGACAACUAACGCCAUGGCGGAGUUAGACCUGAGUCUGAGCGACGCGCUGACAGACAGCGUUCCCCAGCAGGGCCCGGAGAGCCUGGUGGAGAAGGACUUUGUGGCUCAGCUGGAGGCGGAGACCUUCGACGAUCAGGUCGGGGAGACGGUGGGAAAGACAGACUACGUGCCGCUGUUGGACAACGACGACACCAGGGCAGAUGGGGGUGCUACGUUGGAGAAUGGAGAGCAGGAAGCUCAUGGGGUGCAAAAACCUGGUUGUAAGCUGACCGCUGGGGGACAGACAUCAGUGUUGCGCCCAGAGCCGCAGGGAGAGGUGCGGCAACGCUCACUCGACCAGCAGCAGGCCUUGGCUACAGACUUCUUAUCAGCCUCCAUGGCAGGUUAUUCAGAUCCUCUGGGCUCUCAGACCAGCCCUGCCCAAAUGAUGGAUACUGGCCGGAUGGAAGCUUUUUCAGGUUUCUCCCAGCCUGGUGGGAUGGGGGUAAAAGUGGAGGUGGGGGCUGCACCCCUCUCAGCAGAGAGGAUUCCAAGCAUAGCUGAACCGCAGCAUCCCACACCUCCAGCAGGUUCAGAAGCCCCUAAAGAGCACAGCCCAAUGCUGCCUGAACCCCAGACUCCUCGCAGCCCUCUGGACCUGUCAGCAGGUGCUUUAGGCGAGUGCUGGCCAGCGGAGGCUGGCAUCCUAUCGGCAGACCUCCCUUUCACCCCCAGUGUCUCCACCAUGAUCAGUCGCCAUGCCGGCCAUCUUGCAGUCAGCCCUGACGACCCACCUGACAGUUGGCCUGUCCGAGAGAGCCCUGCCUAUGCUGGAGGCGACGAAAGAGAGGGAGAAGGUUCAGACCGAAAACAGAAGAAGAAGAAGAAAAGGCGACAGAAAGAUGAGGGAGCAUACGAACAUCACGAGAGCAGGGGUCAGCCUGAGGUGCAAACACAGGGAGAAAACUCUCCCUCAACAGAGGAGUUCUACCACAGGAUUGGCCCAAGGCGGGAUAGAGGGGAUGGUGCCUGGGAGGAGCAGCUUGGGAAAAGCGGAGGUCGGGGGAAGAAGGGUAAGAGCAGGAAGAAGCUUCCAGAGGAGUGGGGAGUGACGGCAGAACCGUUUGUCCCUUUGGCAGCAGCGACCUCUCAAAUCACAGAGGAGCAUAUGAUGGAUCUGGGCAGUUCUGCUCAGGCAAAUUUGGAGGCAUCUUUCGUAGACAUGGACACCAGCCACAGCCCCUGGAAACAGGAGGUCUUCCCAGAGGAAGGCCUGGUCCCUGCACCGCUGUCUCAGGACCUAUUCUCCCCAGCAGCUGCUCCCAUCAUCCCACUGGUCCUGAACAGCGAGCUGAAAGCCACAGCACCUCCGUUCACUAUGCCCUCCACCACCAACAGUGCGACCUUCCCCAUGGCUUCUCGCCCUGAUGAUCCAUUUGACCUCCUGAUGGAUACUGAAAAUGCAAGCUUAGGCAACAGCAGCCAGGCAUAUUCACCAGGUGACAUGGUGGACAGCGGGAUGUUUGACAACACUAGCUCUCUCCUAGAGUCUCAUGUACAAGUCAUGCCUGAGGGAGACACCUCUGCUUUCAGCCCCGCCUCCCAGCCAAGCCCAGGCUUUUCCCAAAAAGGCGAGGUGUUAGCCUCAGCUCCACCUCUCUCACCUUCAGAUGCUUCAUGGCUCCUUAACGACUCCAACAUGACCAGCAAUAGCGAGCUUUUUGACUUCAGUGAUGUGAGCACCUCAGGUCAUCCUUUAAACUUGGGGCUGGCCUUCGACACUCCUAGUCCAGCCCCCCUCCGCUCCCCUAAAACCACAGCGCAGGAAUUCCAACCCAAAGAGCACAAAGAUGCCAAAUCAGUGCAGAAACAAUCCAAGAAGUCUCGUUCUUCAUCUUCCUCCUCUUCUGUCAAGAGUCCCACCUCCCCAGGAGCAAAGAAUUUCCCUCCACAAGCAUCCCCAGUCAUCAGCCCUUCAUCCCCUCCAUCGAUCACCCCAGGAUCUGGUCUUAACCCUACAGCUAAGCCCUUCUUUCCCAGCUUUGCUGAUCCCAUGGAAGAACCAGCCGGGAUCCCUCCGGUUGCCCCCACCAUCGAAGUGAAAUCCGACAAGAUGGAGAAGAAGGAGGAGAAACUGGAGGACAACGUAAAGAAGGUGGACAUGUUUGACCCGCUGGAUAAAGCUGAGCAGAGGAGCGUGAAGGUGGAAUACACAACAAGUGAGACUCCAGCCAAGGUGGAAAAAGAGAUGGAGAAGGAGAAGCAGGCAGAGACACAAAAAGAAAAGGAGAAAGAGGCAGAAAAGCUAAAAGAGAAGGAGAAAGAGGCAGAAAAGCUAAAAGAACAGGAGAAAGAGGCAGAAAAGCUAAAAGAACAGGAGAAAGAGGCAGAAAAGCUAAAAGAGAAGGAGAGAGAGGCAGAAAAGCUAAAAGAGAAGGAGAAAGAGGCAGAAAAGCUAAAAGAGAAGGAGAAAGAGGCAGAAAAGCUAAAAGAACAGGAGAAAGAGAAAGAGAAAGUGGAGUCAAUGCAGCAGAAGGCAGAAAAAGAGGAUAAAAUGAUCAAAGUAGAAGAAUCACCAGAUAAACAGGUGAAGACAGAUAAAAUAGACAAAACAGACAAAGUAGAAAAAGUGGAGGUAAAAGAAGAAGUGGAGAAAACAGAGAAUGUGGACAAAAAUGAGAAGCCCAAAGUGGAAGAAAAAAUCGAGAACAAAAACACUGAGAAGUCUGAGAUGAAGGACGGCAAAGAGCAGCACGUAGACAAAGUUGAAAAGACGCCGGAGCCACAGCUGACAGCAGCCAAGCUCGAUACCGGUUCUGACAACCUGGAGCAGAAGGCUGACAUGGAGACAAAGGCGACUGCAGAGGUGGAGGACGCUAAGAAAGACAAGGCUGACACUGACAAAGCCAAGAAGACGGAGAAAGAGGACGAGGUGGAGAAAGCUGCUGAGAAGCCGGGAGAGAAGAAGACAGAGAAAGAAGAGAAGCAGGACAAAACGCCAGCCAGCAAAAAGACUGUGGAGAAAAAGGACGACAAGAAGGACAAGGCUGCAAAAGCAGACACGGGAGAGAAGGCCAAAAAGGCAAAACCUGCAACUAACGGAGCUCCUCCGAGCAGAGACCUGGCAGCUGCAGACAAGAAGAGCAAGCCUGCCGCCGGGCUGACCAAACCCAGCGCUGCUGCUAAAACGCGGCCAACUACCACAGCUGCUGGUGGUUUGGCCGCAGCCCCCACAAAGCGCCCUACAUCCUCCACCACCACCACCUCCAUCUCAGACAAAAAAACAGCCACCACAGUCAAGGCUCCAUCCACAGCCGCUGCUGGGCCAAAGCGGCCUUCCACCACUCCUACCAGCCGCCCUGCAUCCUCCACCAUGGCUACCGCAAGAGAUGUCAGGCCUAAGACAACUACAGAGAGGCGCCCCCUUGUGCCAAAGGCCAGCACUGCCACCUCAGCAGGCUCUACUGCUGCCACCAAAAAUGGAACUGCAACCACAGCAGCCAGUAAAACUGCUUCAUCAGUGCGCACAACGGCGGCUACUCGCACCACCACCACUACCGCAGCCAAAAAGCCUCUGGCCUCUAAGACAGACAGCAAACCAGGAGAGGAGAAGAAGCCCAGCACUCUGAGGACUUCCACAGCCGACUCCACCAAGCCCAAGACCACCACCAACAGCGCCCGCAGCACCACCUCCACCACGGCUGCCUCUCGCACUCGAACCACAGCAGCCAAACCGGCCACACCCUCCUCCACUACUGGCACAGCGCCCGAGAAGAAGCCCCUGGUGGCCCGCACCUCCCGGGCCACUUCCUCAACCACCACCACCACCACCACCUCUAGGACCACAGCUCGGCCCAGCACAGCGCCGGCCCCCGACAUCCGUAACGCCCGCUCUAAGAUUGGCUCCACAGACAACAUGAAGCACCAGCCCGGAGGAGGGAAGGUGUCAUCUGCCUCUCAGAGCAGGGGCGUGGCCUCCAAAGACAUGAGCCAGGGCAAAGUUCAGAUAGUCUCCAAAAAGCUGGACUUCAGCCACGUCUCCUCACGCUUGGGCUCCAAGGACAAUAUGAAGCAUGUUCCUGGUGGAGGGAAUGUGCAGAUACUCAACAAGAAGGUGGAUGUUAGUAAGGUGACAUCAAAGUGCGGCUCCAAGGACAACAUCAAGCACAAGCCUGGCGGUGGUGUUGUGAAGAUCGAGUCCCACAAAGUGAGCUUCAGGGAAAAGGCUCAGCCAAAAGUGGGCUCCAUGGACAACGUGAGCCAUUCACCUGGGGGAGGAAAUGUCAAGGCUGAGGGGGCCCAGGAGACAACAGAGGGGAAUGGGACUCCCCUGAGUGGCACCGCAGCCCCGGCCCCGGGCUCCGAGCCAGGGCAGACAGGGAGCCCUGCUGCCCAGGAGAAUGGGCUGAAGGAGGGGGCUCCCUGUGAGAGUGAGGGCCUACGGGAGCCACAGGCUCUGGACUCACUCAUCCCAGAGACAAGCAUCUAAUUCUACUAUCCCUCUGCCCUCCUCAUCUCAAUCCCCCCACAACACCACCUUCCCCCCCCCCCCACCUUCUCCUGUCUGUAUUUUUUUUCUUUCUCCCUCACCUACUUCCUCUUCUCCUCCCCUUUCUUUCAA